GAUCAUAUUCACCUGGCCUCCUCCAACGGAGAGCUCUCCUCAAGCAUGGAUCCACUUAAUUGUUCACCAUUAUUCCAACGUUCGUCGGUAUCAGGCUCCUGUUCUCCAACAGCCCAACUCGCUUUUGCGUCGAAUUUCGCUUCUAUACCAGUUUGUAAAACAUUUGACUUACGAACACCACUUCCGGACCAUGUCUCCGAAUCUACUGGGCGGGCGAAACGAGAGGUACUUAAUGUGAUCCAGGAAUUAUUGGUUCAUUAA